AUGGCCUCCCAAAAGAUGACCAACGCCCUAUCGGGCAUCGAAACGAACUCACAUCAACCAACAAAGCUACAGCAAUACACCGAUCUCCUCAAUGAGAUGGUAGCAACCUCCAGCGGCCACGAACUCGCCCAAGAUCUCGUCUACUACCUAGACUCAAUCCUCAGCGAAGAAGUGAGCAUCGUCGCCGCCCGUCCCCUCCUCGACAUCUUCAUCACAGUCCUCCAAUCCCUCCCCGCGGAAACAAAAAUAAAAGUCGGCCAGCACGCCAUCACCCUCCUCCAGACGCGCUCCGCCUCCGUCGAAGAACAAGACUCGCAGAUCCGCGAGAUCCUCGCAGACGCCUACGAAUCCCAGGAAGAAUACACAUCCGCCGCCCGCGCCCUACAAGGCAUCCACAUCGACAGCUCACAGCGUCUAGUCUCCGACGCCGCCAAAGCCCGCCUCUGGAUCCGAAUUGUGCGCUACUACCUCGAAGACGACGACACCACCAGCGCCGAAGCCUUCCUCAACCGCAUCAAGAACCUCCCCUCCAAAAUAGAGGACCACGAUGCAAAGCUCUACUUCCAGCUCUCCCAGGCCCGCAUCCUCGAUGCCCGCCGUCGCUUCCUCGACGCCGCACAGGAAUACUUCAUCGUGAGUCUCGCACCGGGCGUCGACGAAGAAGACCGUCUGACAGCCCUGUCCGCGGCGAUCCGCUGCGCCGUCCUCGCACCUGCUGGCCCGCAGCGGUCCCGCUCACUCGCGCGUCUGUACAAAGACGACCGCACGCCCUCCGUUGACGAAUUCGUCGCCGCGUUCGCGAAGAAACUUGCGCCGCACCAGCUCGCUGUUACGGCGGACGGCACGACCGUUCUCGAUAAGGCGGUUAUCGAGCACAAUCUCGUAGCGGCGAGCAAGCUGUACGAGAAUAUCCACGUUGAUGACCUGGGCUCGAUUCUGGGAUUGCAGUCUUCGGGUGAUGUGUCUGCUGGCGAGAAGGCUGAGGCUUAUGCGGCGCGCAUGGUUGAGCAGGGACGGCUGCGUGGUCGGAUUGAUCAGAUUGAUGGGGUUAUUUCGUUUGAUGCUGAGACUGUCGGUGGCGCCUCAGCGGGUGCUUCUAACGGGACGAAGCUGAGGCAGUGGGAUCUUGGUGUGCAAGAUCUUGCGGAGGAUGUAGAGCGCGUUGCAACUAGUAUUGCUGAUCAGUUCCCGGAAUUUGCUACCAGCCGGAUGGUGCAUUGA